UAGUUGCAACAUCAUAUGGAGAAGACUGUCCUUACUGCAGUGCACAUCGCACGGAUAGUCGUCCGGAUUUUUUUCCUCUUCGUGGCUUCGUUUGGAUCUAUCUAUCAUUCUCUCUCUGGUAUUGGAAUAUAUCGCAACACUCUGUUCAUCUGAGAAGAAAUGAUCUGUUUUCUAAUGCAAGAGUGCUAAAUGCUGACCUGAGCUCUGGUAUAUGAGGAACACAACCUACAGAUGGAGUCAAGGGUUCCUCACUACAUUCCUGGAGUCUCCUCCUCCAUCAUGGUGCAGCCUUUGCUGGACAGCCGCGUUCCCUACGGACGGCUCCAGCACCCAUUAACUAUUUACCCCAUUGACCAAAUGAAAUCUUUACAUUUGGAGAAUGACUACAUUGACACCCCUGCUGUGAUCUCACAACCAAGCCACAAGGCAAGCACGAGGGGGCAGGAAGUCCUGCUGGGAGCCCCGCACCAUCCUCAUCUGCCCCGCUGCGAGGUCCCAGAUGCCACCACACAUCCCUGGAUUUCCUUCAGUGGUCGGCCCAGCUCCGUCAGCAGCAGCAGCAGCACCUCCUCCGACCAAAAGCUGCUGGACCAUGCAGCUCCCACCCCUGUUGUAGAUCCGUACACUACUGGCAAUGGCCACGGCAGGACCCUAGGUGCAGAGCAAUCCAAGGCGUUGAGCUCCAAGACUCAGAAUGUGAAGGCGGUUGCGGCACUGCCAGUGGAGAAUAAGCACGCGCCGCUGUGUGAGAAAUGCAGCAAAUGCCGAUGCACGGAGUGCACUUUGCCCCGGGCCCUGCCCUCGUGUUGGGUUUGCAACCAAGAGUGCCUGUGCUCAGCGAAGAACCUAGUGGACUCUGUCACUUGCAUGUGUCUAGUCAAGGGCGUCUUCUACCACUGCACUGAUGAGGACGAGGAAGGCUCCUGCGCUGACAAGCCGUGCUCCUGCUCGCACUCGAACUGUUGCGCGCGCUGGUCCUUCAUGGCGGCCGUUUCGUUGGUGCUGCCCUGCCUGAUGUGUUAUUUGCCCGCCACUGGUUGCGCCAAGCUUUCGCAGAAGUGCUACGACGGCAUAAGCCGCCCAGGCUGCCGCUGCAAAAGCACCCAGCCCUGCAAGGUGGCAGAGGUCAAGGCCUGUCAUCUGGAAAAACAGGCCUCAUGAUGGCGUGCCAGAAACGGACAGUACAAAGUGACUCGCGAGCAAAGUUCGCAAGACCUUCUCCGAUAGCGGUGUACUUCCCAAAAUCACGGUACUUAAAGUUCACGCAUGAUCCUCGCGCUCAAGGCAUCCUGCCGUAAAUCAGUAGCAACGUUUGACUGACCAAAGGGCACAAAUCAUUAUUUUACUCAUUCGUAAAGUACUACAACAAAGGAGAGGCCUGCGUUUUCUUCUCCUGGGGUUCUCGUGAUGGCCGUGGGAUCAAAGUCUUUGCCAUUUCACCCCCUAGUAAAACAACUUGCUGACACAGAAUGCAUUUGCAUUUGAGCAAAAUGUCUGUUUGUAAGAUUCCAAUCUCUUCUCUGAUGUUUAUUUUCUCUUUGGGCGGCUUUGACAAGUCAAAGUAAAUAUCACCCAUUCAAGAACACUCUAUACUUUGGCAAUCCCUCUCCGGAUCUGGCACUGCGGAAAGGUUGCAGCGAAUUCCAAGCUGAUAACACAUGUCACAAUCAAAAUAACCAGACUUCAUCUCUGUGCACAGUACAUUUACAAGCUUGUUAUAGAGCUUUAUUUCUUCUGUUGUUUGAAAUGCAAACACGGGAGGUCAUUUGGUUUCAUUGAAGGAUUCUAAGUUCCCUUGACCGUUGCGAAAGACAUUGGUGACCGCCCGUAGCCACGUGACGGGAUGUUUUCUAUCUUCUAUGGGGACAGAUUGUUUGUUUUUGAUGGCAAAUGGGUAAAAUAGCUUUCAUAAUUCCCUUUGAAAACAUGCCAUAGUAUACAUAAACUUCCAUAAUGAUUCUUCCAAAUGUUAGCGGUUCAAUUUGUUGUAGACAAUGACCUCAGGGAUCAUCAGUUCAUCUGAAUUACGUACAGCAUGUGAAUUCAGCUUGGAACUAGUCGGGUGACUCGAGUUAAGGGAACGGGCAGUGGUCAAAACACAGCAAUUCAGACACCAAGCAUUCAUAAGCUACCAGGAGGAUCGGGCCAGUAGUUACGGGAAAAGGAGAAGCUAUAAAGUUAGCGUAUACUACUCUGCCGCUUCUAAACAAAACUUGCCAAUCGUAUCACCAUUAUAAUGAGGCAAAAGCACAGUAUUAUGUACAGUAGCAUGUACAAAGUGUUUCACUGUAGUUGGAAAAAUUCCUCUAGUUUACUACGCACCAAACUUAACGCUCUAUGGACGUGCCCUAGUAUCGAACUGCUUUCUCCACAUAUAUAUUUUGUUAUAUGUAUAGUAUAGAGAUUUUGCCAAAGGAGUGCGCCAUGGAGAUUUCGUUGACCAUUUUUAUAACCGUUUGUUUCCAAGUGGGCAUGCAUUGUUGUACUCUAGCCAAUUAGUGCGAAAGUAAGCUCUUAAAGGUACGGUGCUCUACUUCCCAGGAUUCCUAGAGUCUGGGAGCACGAGGGAAAAUUGUCGGCUUGCUCGACACAAACCCACGGUUCGCUCGUUUAGUCCCACAUACUCCAACAUUUGUACUUGUUGCACAAAUCCGAAAAGCAGAAAUACACUACUGUUCUUAGUCUUGAAUGUAUAAGGCUAGGGUUUAAGUCUUUUUGCAAUCUAACCCGUGGAUAGGUGCCAGAGUAGUUCUGAAUGGAGAAGCUUGCGUAGCUGCAUAGGGAAGAGUUGCAAAUGUACCAUAGAUAUCUUAGACUUCGACCUAUGCAGGUUACACGUUCUUGUAAAUAGUUUUAAGAAAAACUAGCUAUAUGUUUCAAAUGUCCUGAGAAAUUGCAUGGUACAAUUUAAUUACAAUUCAGUACAAAAGUAUAUAAAUUAAUUAUUAUAUUUUGGGGAGGGCUGGGGGCGGGUGGGGGUAAAGAUUAUGUGGCUGUGGCAUAGAAGGUAGGGUGUUUAGGUAUUUCGAUUACAAGCACUUGAUUUAGAAAAGUGUGCCAGGCAAUAAAAAUACCUCUGUUAAUGCUAGCCAUGCCUCAUCAGCACGAGAGAGGCACGGCUAAUUCCCGGUUCCUCAGUGCCCCUGAAACUGUAGAUUUAAUUGAAUUUGCAGAGGGAACGGCGUUUCGUCACGCUCAAAGUAACGCUUUUUCAUCCCAAUGUGGCCAAACAUUUUGUUUUUCCUCCUUCCUCCUAAAAUGGUGCAACAUCUUCAGUGCUUGAUUGACAUAUACAGCUGCUGUGUGUGAACUUGUCUGGGAGGAACGGGGAUCCCUCUCAAGUAACAUUCCAUUCCAUCCUAUUCGGUGUUGCUUUUUCGCCCCACCUUCUCGCUUUUAUUUUUCGUAUUUCACAAUUCUCUCAACUACGGAGAACGAUACAGCUGUAAAAUGUAAACUUUAUGGUUGUUCGCCUAAUAUCCUGGCCUGCACGAUGGAAUUGAACGAUCUUCCUUCUGUUGACCCGUUGCUGAGAUGUUGUCAUCAGGACGCUGUGACUAAAUCUAUUCAUGGUACAGUUUCUUGGCCACUAGAAACCCAUUCUUGUGUUUUAACCCACUUUAAGCUGCCUUCCAAACUGGGCUUGUACUCUCUGCGUUACUUUGGCUUCAUUGUUCAUGUUGAGGAUUAAAGAAAAGAGCAAUGUGCUUUUGUUUUGUUUAAAAAAGCAAAAAGCAAAAAAAAAAUCUCUCACACAUAUGAAAAUGUCCCUUUAUAGAUCUAUUUAUUUUGAAGUUCUAUUUUAUAUAGUAUUUAUUUAGAUGCCUACUUUUGUUUGUGAAUAAAAGCUUAUGUCAAAACGGAAUGUACAUUGAAAUUGGAAAAUAUAUAUUGUUAAAUAUAAAA